AUGCUAGCUCUGUGCUGGGCAACUGAUAAGACUGCUGUUUCCAGAGAGUUGAAGAUGUCUUCAGACGAAGACAGGGCCAAGGAGAUACUGAAGGGCUUCAAACUGUAUCCUUCUGCUGUGAGGCUGAGUGUGAGUCCCCGGUGUACCGUGUGCGGUGUGCGGCUCUGGGACAGAUGGAGCCCGGACAGGAGCCUGGUUAGCCGCUUGGACUAG